UGCUCAGUCUUGAUUUAGAUUAACACGUAAAGAAAAGAGAAUGCCACUCACCACCUUUGUACACCUUUACUGAGACUGGGCGUGCAAAUGAAAUUAAAAUGCCCGUCUUGUGAUAACAUAACUUGAAGCCGCAGAUGUAGCCGUCAUGAGGCACACAAUGGGAGCGGUUAGUAAGACUUGAUGUGAUUAAUACGGCUACUUCCUACAUUUGUUCCACUUGAAGAUCGUAGACUGAUCGCUUUCAUGCCAUUGUAACUCGGUACCCGUUGCUCCCAAUAACGUUUUCUUUAAAAUUUACUAAUCUUUAUCUUACAUGUUUAAUUCAGCACCUAUUUUCCUAAAUGGUUAUUAUUAAUGGCUUUGUAAUAACUUACAUAAAUUAGUCUCUCAUUUACUUAUCAGGUGUGACAAACAGUACGGUAUAUUAAAUAAUAUUGGUGGUCACUUAACAUAAAAAAAAUGAGUUGGUAAGGUUGGCUAUAGUGGACAUAGUAUUUAUAUUGGAGUAUUUGGUAGUGGUGAAGAAAAGUAAUGAAAUAUUUUGCCCCUUGAAAAUCUUUUGUCUUUAUCAUCAGGUUUCAGUGGCCCUUGUGUCAGCUUCACCAGCCAAUCAUAUCUUGAGUAAUAAAUAUUUAAAACAUGAUAAGAACUAAUUUAUCAUGACAUGUCAGUCCCUGAGACCUCCUCAACAUCUAUCUUACUCCCAGCUGACAUGAGUAUGACACCACUGAUGGGAAGAUGAGCUGGCGCUGACCGAGGGUGUGGACGGCCUGAAGGUCCUGGCCAGCCGAGAUCUCCCAGCGGACACGCUCUGGGGUCCCUAUCCCGGAACCAUCCAAUCGGAGGAGCCUGGGGACACGCCCACCAAUGAGGGCUCCGUGCUGACGCUUCUUUGUGAGGACAUGGAGUGCUGGCUCAGUAAAGUGCCCGUGACAGCUGAUCCGUCAGAAGCCAACUGCACCAUCUACAGCCAAGGAGAGGAGCUCUUCUGCAAGCUGACCCGUGAAGUGGCCAGUGGAGGCCCCCUGGUGGCCAUCCUGUCCUGGGCCCUCAUGCACAAGACGGUGGCCACACAGUCCCACAAUGCAUCUGUGAAGGAGGAGGGCACCUACCCGGCCGCUCUGCACACGGAGAUCCAGCUCCUGCCACAGCAGGCCGGCAUGGCGGCCAUCCUGGCCACCGCCGUCGUCAACAAGGACAUCUUCCCGUGUAAGGACUGUGGGAUCUGGUACCGGAGCGAGCGCAACCUCCAUGCCCACCUCAUGUACUACUGCGCCAGUCGACAGAAGCAGCCGGCCGCCUCCUCGCCGCCCCAGGACAAGGCCAAGGAGUCCUACCCCAACGAGCGCGUCUGCCCCUUCCCCCAGUGCCACAAGAGCUGCCCGAGCGCCAGCUCGCUGGAGAUCCACAUGCGCACCCACAGUGGUGAGCGUCCCUUCAUGUGUCUAAUCUGCCUGUCGGCCUUCACCACCAAGGCCAACUGCGAGCGUCACCUGAAGGUGCACACGGACACGCUCAGCGGCGUGUGCCACGGCUGCGGCUUCGCCUCCACCACGCGCGACAUCCUCUAUAGCCACCUGGUCACCAGCCACAUGGCGUGCCAGCCGGGGGCCCGCAGCGACGUCUACUCCCCCGGCCCCGGCCCCGGCCCCGGGGCCCCCAAACUCCCCCUAGCUGCGGGUUUGAGCCCGGGGGAUUCUGGGAUUGUUCUGAAGUGCCAGGUGUGCGGAGCGGCGGCCGACACCCCGGCCCUCCUCCAGCAGCACGUGCGCACACACCUGGAGGUGCGCAUGCCCGCCGAGCGCAGCCCCACCCCCCGGCAGGGCACCACCAACCACUCCUCCUCCUCCUCUGCCUCCGCCCAGCACCACCACCACCACCACCACCCCCACCCCCACCACCACCACCACCACCACCAGCCUCCGUCUCAGGACAGGGAGCCGGCCGCCUGCGUGCCCAGGCCCAACUCCUCCAGCCCGGGCACCAACGGCGGCUCCGCCACCCCCCGCGGAGGCUGCUCCCCGCCGGACGGACCGGCGUCCUCCGGAGGCGUGAGGGUCAAAGAGGAGCCGCAGUCGGACGCCGAGCCCGACGGGAGCGGCGCGGAGAGAGAGGACGGCGAAGAGGAGGAGCAGGAGGAGGAGGAGGAAGAGGAGGAGGAGAAGAAGGGGGAGAGGAGGGUCAGAGGUCGCGGAAGUCGUCACGCCGACCACAGCGACGGGAGCACCUCGCAGAAGUCCACGUCCCCGAAGAGCCCCGCGGGGGUUGGCGGAGUGGCAGUGAAGGCGGAGCCUACUAGCCCCACCCCCGGCUGUAGCCCCGCCCACACCAGCCCCGGGGGUUCGGCUCUGCCCGGCGGCGCCGUCUUCCUGCCGCAGUACGUGUUCGGCGCCGAGGCCGCCAUGAUGCCGCAGGCCUCCGAGAUCCUGGCCAAGAUGUCCGAGAUGGUGCACAGCCGGCUGAAGCAGGGCCAGGGCCAGCUGGCCGCCACGGCAGCCGUGGCCGCAGCAGCAGCGGCGGCCGCCGCCGCCCAGCAGGGCUUCUUCCCGUCCGGCUCGCCUCCCGUGGCCGUCCACAAGGGGGCGACCUGCUUCGAGUGCGACAUCACCUUCAACAACAUCAACAACUUCUACGUGCACAAGCGCCUCUACUGCUCCAGCCGCCACCAGCAGAGCGAGCCGCAGGCCAAGGACGCCGCGCAGGCCAAGGACGCCACCUCGGCUUCGGCCGCCGCCACCACCCCUCCUUCCGGCGGGGGUUCCGGUGGCAGCCGGGCGGCUUCGGCGUCGCCCAGCGACACGGAGGCGGCGGCGGUAGGCGGCAGCAGCGGGGGCUCGGAGGGCCGUCCGGCGGCCGAGGUGAAGAGCGAGGCCCGCGGGGGGUCCAGGGAGGGCUGCUCCUCGUCCUCCGAGGGCGAAGGCGGAGGAGGGGCGGCCAGCGGCGGAGGAGGGGGCGGCCGAGCCAGCGAGGGCAGCCAGAGUCCGGCCAGCGGCGUCGGCGGCGGGCACAGCGGAAACGGAGGAGGAGGAGGAGGAGGCGGCGUUGGCGGCGGUUCGGUCUCGGCGGCCGAGGAGUCGGAGGACGACCCGACGCGAACCUUCUGCGGGGCCUGCAACAUCCGCUUCAGCCGCCACGACAACUACCUGGUGCACAAGCGCUUCUACUGCGCCUCGCGCCACGACCCCACGCACCAGCGCGUGCCCCCCGCCGCCAAGGCGACCGCCGCCUUCACGCCGCAGCCCAUCCGCACGCGCAAGCGCAAGAAGAUGUACGAGAUCCACAUGGCACGCAGCCAGGCACUGGCCACCAGCCUGCCCGUCAAACAGGAAAUGGCCUCAGCGGCAGCGGCGGCCGCUUCCUCUUCCUCGUCCUCCGCGGGGCCCGUUCCGUCGCGCAGCGUCAGCCCCGAAGGCGAGGGGCCCAUCGACUUGAGCAAGCGGCCGCGCGUGCGGGGGGGUUCGAGAGGGUCGGGCGGAGGAGGAGGCGGAGGAGGAGGAGGAGGAGGAGGAGGAGGCGGCGGUCUCCCGGCGCUCCCGCUGUCCGACUACCACAAGUGCACGGCGUGCAGCAUCAGCUUCAACAGCAUCGAGAACUACCUGGCGCACAAGACCUACUACUGCCCGGCCACCACCCUGCAGCCGCACACGCUGGAGCAGCUGCAGCGCCUCAAGCGGCCCGCGUCCACCUCGCCCAAGAGCGUCCACUCCGGCGACGGAGGACCCGCCCCGCCCAAGGUGCCGCGCGCCCCGGCCGGGAAGGCGGCGUUGUUGCUGGCGGGUGCCGUCGUCCCCGGCUCCGCCCACCUCCCCUCGCUGCCCGGCUCCGAAGCAUCUAUCGCCGCCACCGCCACCGCCGCCACCACCGCCACGCCUCCGCACGGGGGGGUCGUCGCCGCGCCCGUGGUGUGCCCGUACUGCCCGCCGGGUCGGACGCUGACCUGCGACCUGGUGGAGCAUUUCCGCGUGGCCCACAGGCUGGUUCUGACCGUGCAGCAGCAGCAGCAGCAGCAGGCGGAGGCCCAGGGUGUGGGUGUGGGGGGGGUCCCCCCGGUCAGCCCCAGCCCCAGCUCCAGCGCCAGCCCCAGGGACACCUCGGGCCCCAACACGGCCGCCACGUCCCCCCGCCCCAGCCCGCGCCCGCGGAGGGACAGCGUCAACGGAGGGGGGCGCAGCAGAGACCCCCCCGGCUCCCCGCCCUCGCCGCUGGUCAACGGAAGUCCUGCGGGAGUGGGCGGCAUUUCGCCCAAAGCGCCGCCCCCCCAGGCGCACUCGCCCACUGGGGCCGUCCAGCUGACUGUCUCCCCCGUUCCAGAGGCUCCUGGGCUCAACCUGGCCCCCCAGACGCCCCCCGAAAAGCCCUUCCCCGCCGCUGGUCCCCCCCUUACUCCGGCGGCCCCGCCUAAGCCUGCGGUGGGGGUGGGGGUGGGGGUGGUGACGGCUGCAGGUGUGGCGGUGCUGCAGAACGGGAACACACGCUUCUGCCGCCUCUGCAAUAUCAAGUUCAGUAGCCUCUCCACCUUCAUCGCCCACAAAAAGUACUACUGCUCGUCUCACAGUGCAGAGCAUGUCAAAUGAGCCCCCCAUUCUCCCUUCUACCCCCCCCCCCCCGCCCCCCCAUACACAAACCCUCACUGGUCAGACAGACAUGCCCCAGCCACCCUUCCUUGACCUGUAGUUUCCUCCCCAUGGCCCGAGGCAUCUUGCCCUCUACGGCACACUCACCACAGCCUGGCUGACUCGGACAGCAUCUGCAAAAGUGGGACUGUUACUAGCCGAGCGCUCGGAGGGGAGGGGGGUUGUCACCGCCUCUUUUGGCCCCCGCCCCCGUGUCGCUGCCGUUGUUACUAUGGUGACUUUGUUUUUGUUUUGUUCUUUUUUUUUUCUUUCAUGGGUCAAGUUUGUAUUACACUAAAAGACAGAAGACAUGCUACCUACUUGCAUACAUUGUACACCAUUGUAUGGCCAACCUCCAGACUCUUCAUGUCACUGAUACCCAUGCGACUGUGGACCUGCGUAUGUAUGACAUCAUUUCCCCUCACAGUCGCUCGGUAACAUUUCUUUGAAUCGUUGAAGACUAUGUGGUCCUGUUGUUAAUUUGUUUGUCUUGAGAACAACACCUGUCAGCAAUGUGGGCCAUUGUUUUCACCUGAUCAGGGCCGCUCACUGUUGUCAAAAAUCCAGCCCCUUACUGGGGCUAAAGAGAAUUCUCCUCUCCUCCUUGCUUGGGGUGGGUUUAUAUGAUGUCUCACAAAAUGAUGUUUGUUUGUUUGUUUUUUCUGACUACAAUUUGAAAGUCAAAGUGAAUCUCUUCCACUGAAGUACAGAAUUAGACCGUUUAUGAAGGCUGCCAAUUAUGACAAAAUAUCACUAAAAAAGAAAGAAAUAUUUCCUUGUAUGGGAAAAUGUGAAAUAUUUAUGUCUGAGUCCUCACUGAUUUCAAGUCAAACAAAUACUACCUAACAUCUUUGAAAAAAAGUAUAUAUAUUUGUAUUUUUAUUUGUACAUUUUUAUUUCAUACUGUGGAAAAUAACCAUUUCAUGUUUGAUUCAAGUGUGUUUUUUUUUUUUCUUCUUGGUUCAUUUUGAAGUGUAGAUUUCUUAAACUACCUGUAUGUUCACAAUGACCACUGGGACGAGGCUGAACGUGAUGUCCACUACUGUGCUCAUCUGCUCACUUCUACGCUGGUUUCUGUGAGAUCUGAGGACUGAGUGGUCUGAGGUCUAUGGGGGUCUGUCUUCCCCGGUCAUUUGGUCAUUUUGUCCCAGUGAGGACCAACCGUGGACUGUUGUCCAUUCUAUGAGAGGGCAGAGAGAGAGAGAGGCGGAUUCGGACAUCACCCAGAUUCACAGGCCUAUGAUGUUUGGGUUUGCACUGUUGUGGGAGUUCUGUGUUAUUUAGUCAAGUGUUCUGUUUGGUUUUGUGUCUGUUAAUUCUGACCUUCACUCCUCUUGAAGCAUAAUAUGAAAGUCAUUUCUAAAAAAAGAAAAACUGGCAAAUCUGGACGAUAGACCCCCCCCCCCCCCCCCCCUACUCCCCACACACACACCACUCUACACACAUACACACACACACACACACACACACCCCUCUACGUUCUCUUUUUUUAUUCACUCGUUGCCAGUUUACAGUCAGGUGGCCACACAAACCGAAUUGAACAGCGUCACGCAAUCCUCCCUCAUGACAGGCUAACCUGACGAAGCCUUAACAGAAGACUCUUUCAAACACACACACACACACACACACACACACACACAUACAGUACACACACACCCAGCUGAUGGGCCACUUCCUCCCAUGCGUCCAAUCACAGAUGCCCACCAAGUGGACUUCCUGUUCGUUACUCGUGAUGUCACCUCACCCCCCCCCCCCCCUUACCUACUCUUCCCAGUCUCUUUCUCCUGUGUUACAAAAGAGAAGGCGAGAACGGACCUUCACCACCUUGUGCUUGAAAACUGGAAACAUGAAAUGUUUCUCCGUGUGAACAAGAGAGAGGGCGGACGGACGGACAGACGGACAUCGGGAGAGAGGACUCGGGGAAUCUCUUUGCUGUUGUGUGGUUUUUGAACGGUGCUGUAUCAGUCAUGUUUCCCCCGACCCAAAGGAGUGUUUACAGUCUUUGUGAGUCCUCAUUCUCCCCAUCCGAGAGUUUUAUUUUUUUCUUCUUUUUUUUUUUUUUUUUAACUAAUUUUAAACUCAUCGUGAUUGGAUGAGACCAGUGCUGAAGGAAUGCUAUUUGAACCAUUCACAUCCUCUUUCUAUUGCACUGUGUUGUACAAAAGAAAAAUGCUGUAUGUUUUAGUUUUAGAUGCUUUUUUGUAUGGUAUUUAUGGUUUUACGGCACUUUUCCUUGUCCACGCCCAUCACUUUGGAGGACACUGAUUGAUGAAUCGACAACAAACAUAAUUUUAAACACAAACUAACAUUCAUUGAAAUAUUUUGUGAAUAAUAACAUUGUUGACACAAAAAAAAAUAUGAAUGUCAGAGCUUGUUUUCUUUAUUUUUAUUUUUUAAAUCUUAACACGUCAAAAAAAGGUUCCACUACACACCUGUCCAAACUAUGCAUGGGAAAUAAAGGGUCCCCUGGGACAUUUCAAAGGGC